AAUCAGUUGAAUUCAGCUUAGCAGAAAGUUAACAUUUGUAUUCUGUUACUGACCAUAGCAAUUCAAUUACUAUUACUAGGAUAACAAGUUUAGCUUUUUCACGUGUUUAAUAUGUUUCGAGUUUUCCUUCUCUCCUCUCUUCUACAGCUGGUCUUUUCUGAAACGUGUGUGGUGGAUAGAGAAGCCAGGUUUAUACUGGACAAUAUGACUGCUGCAGCUGUUAAGAAGGAAGUUGAUUGUAUUAUUGGACAAGGAGCAUGCGAUAAUUUAGGUUUCCGGUUGAAAGAAGUAGCCGGUAAAGCUGUGAGGGAGGGUCGGUGUGCUGGCAAUUGUGAUUGUGAACAAAUUCAGGUUCGACUGGUGGUGAACAAAGUUAAACGUUUGUAUCCAGAAGAAUGGAAGAGAGUUCAAGACUACUAUUCUAAAUAGAAAUAUGUUUAACUGUUUUUCAAUAUAUAUUGACAUCAUAUAAUAAAAUCUUUAAAAUAUUAA